AUGGCCGAUAAGAAAGAAGAAAACCAGGAGAUUGACUACUCCCUCAACAACCCUGAUACUCUCACCAAAUACAAGAAUGCUGCUCAGAUCUCCCAAAAGGUCUUGGAGGCUGUUACUGCCUUGUGCGUAGCUGGCGAGAAAAUUGUGACAAUUUGCGAGCAGGGUGACAAGCUCCUCGAGGAAGAAAUCGCAAAGGUUUACCGAGGAAAGAAGAUGAUAAAGGGUAUUGGCCAUCCAACCACUGUUUCUCCUUCAGCCUUCGUAACACCUUAUACUCCUCUUACCUCGGACGUAGCCGAAGCCUCCGUUGUCCUCAAAGAAGGCGAAUCAGUCAAAAUUCAACUCGGUGCACAAAUUGACGGAUUCGGAACAAUUGUCUGUGAUACCAUCAUCAUCCAUUCUGCCGAACACGAAAAUGGAGAGAUUACUGGAAGAGAUGCAGAUCUUUUGUUGGCUACACACCAUGCAAAUGAGCUUUUGUUACGUUUGAUGGUCCCCCCCGGAUUACUCGCAACUGGCACAGAAGAGGAGAAGAAGAAGGCAGCAGCUGUUAGAGCUCCUACCCAAGCCAAGAUCACCAGCUUGCUCGAGAAGUUGGUAAAGAGUUACGACUGUAACUUGGUCGAGCACACCACCUCUUGGCAGUUUGAGCGCAACGAAAUUGAAGGAAAGAAGAAGAUCAUUCUUGCUCCAGGAGAUGGUACAAGGGGUGAUGGUGUUCCAGAGGUUGGUGAAGUUUGGGGUGUUGAGAUGGGCGUUUCUCUUGGCUCUGGAAAGAUCAAGAACUUCGAGAACAGAUCUACUCUUCACCGUCGUACUAAUCUCACAUACGCUUUGAAGCGACCAAGCUCUAGAGCAAUCAUGAACGAGGUUGUGAAGAAGUUCGGCACUUUCCCAUUCAGUUUGCGACAAUUGGAUUCUGAGCGAGAUGCCAAGGUUGGUGUUGUCGAGUGUGUACGUGGAAACGUAUUCAGACAAUAUGAAGUUGUUGGAGAUAAGGACCACGAGCCUGUCGGAAGAUUGUUGACCACAAUCGCAAUCACCAAAAACGGUGUACAAAAGAUUGCCUCGCCCCCCGAGCCAGAUCUUAGCAAGUUCAAGACCGAUAAGAAGAUCACUGACGAAGAGAUCCUCAAGAUUUUGGAGCAGCCUUUGGCUAAGGACAAGAAGAAGAAGACUGGCAAGAAGUCCUCUGCAGCAGAGUAG